AUGAGAAAUAUAAUUGUAUUUUUUAUUAUUAUUACCCAAUCAAUAUCACAAGAUGUAGGUACAUUGUUACUAACUAAAUUGAACAAUAUUCAAUAUCAAUGUACUGAUCCUGGUUGUUCAUCUUCAACUACCACUUUGACAUUGAACUUGAGAGCUUGUGAAAUUGCGUGUUUAGUUAAUAUCAACUGUCGGACACUCACGUUUGAUCAAUCCAAUAAUCAAUGUGAACUCUUCACUGAUAUUCCAAGUGAAUAUGGUAGCUUGAUAGCACAAGCAGAUUCUAUAACCUUGACUAUCAUCGAUAAUAGAAAAUUAUCCACUCCGAUGACAAUUAGUACAACAGCAUCCGUGUAA